GGAAAGUAAACGGUAGUAUAGAUACUAUUUUUAAAAAACAAGAAGAAGAAAAGCGGUUUAAUUAGAAUAAACACGCAGCGGGUUUUUUAGUGCGUUGUCAUUUCAAGCAACUCCCUGCACUUCAAUUCCCAGAAUGCAUUGUGUUUGUAAUGACUUUUGACCUGUGGAUAAAAACAAGCCGAUCAGCUGGUGAGAAAGCAACAACAUCAACACACAGGGGUCUGACACAAAACAGCUCAAAGCCAGCUGACUUUCUCACCAUAGUGCGCUGUGUGUGUGUGAGUGAGUGUGUGUGUGAGUGAGUGUGUGAGUGAGUGUAUGUUAUGAGAUAGUCUACGUGUCCUGUUUUUAGACUGUGCUGAGGCAGCGGUUUUUUUUAGUUAAGGAGCCAGUCGUCGUCGGUCGGACUGGCAGCCACUGCUAGGUCAGUUUUUCUUCAGCUGUGUCUCUUUGUUUAGCUUAAUGUUAUAUAUAAACAAGUAUUUACCGAGUUUCAGAGCGUGUUUUUUGUAAGUCAUAGUAAUGAGCAUACCGGGCUAACUCAUCUAAUCUGUAACGCCAGUGUUACUGACACAAGACAAGAGAGAUGCUUGGUAGUUUAUGUUAGCUAGCAAACCGUGGUGCCAAAAAACAAAUAAAUUAAUACACACACACAUAUCUGGACGUGUGUGUUUGAUAUUGCUGCCCAAGACUUGCUUUACUACAGACUGAAUGUUCUUAUUGAUACUAGGAAGCAAUCAUUUGUGCUCAUCUCAUAAUUUCAUAGCAUUUUUUUUUUUAAAGUAUUGUACAUUUGUGAAUUGGUUUCUAAGGGAAAUUGAUCCAAAAAGGUUGCAAGUGGAAGAAAUCUGCUUAACAGUCCCAUAAUCUUGUCUCUUCCACUGCAUUGCUUUUGCAAUCUUAAUUACUCUCAGUUAAGGUUAGACAAUAUAUCGAAACUGUAUUGAUAUUGUGAUAUGAGAGUAUUGGACAUUGUAACAUUGCAACAUGGUGCUCUGGUUUAAAAGGCUGCUUAAAACUUAAGUGAUGUAAUUUUCUGAAUGUACCACACUAUUCUAGCUUUUCUAUUAUUUGCCUUUACCCACUUUGUCAUUCUGUCCACAUUUCAGAUGAUUAUUUAUCUCAUUCAGUUGGUCAAAAAUAUUGUGAUAUUGGAUUUUGAACACAUCGCUCAGCCCCUACUAUCAACAAUACUUAGUCAUAGUUCCCACUUGUUAUCAUCACCACGGUUAUUGUCCUGAACUGUCAGGUUUGAGAUGAGCGGUCAGAGUCCAGCUGUAGAUAAAGGAAUGAACACGGUCUUAGUUUGUCAGGAGAGCUACGCCUGUGGGGGGUCUGAUGAGGCUGCGUUUGAAUGUGAUGAAUGCGGCAGCUUGCAGUGUGCCCGUUGUGAACUGGAGCUCCAUCGCCAGGAGCGGAUGAGAAAUCAUGACAGGGUUCGGAUUGCACCGGGCCAUGUUCCUUUCUGUGACUCAUGCAAAGGCGACAGCAGCUCCUCUGCCAACGGUGGACGGCUCAGAGCGGUGGUACGCUGCCAGGGUUGUAAGAUCAACCUGUGUCUGGACUGCCAGAAGCGCACCCACAGUGGAGUCAACAAGAGAAAGCACCCGAUGAUACCCUACCCUCCUGCCAAAGCUCCCCAGGAGAACAAUGUGAUGGCUGGAGAAUCAGAGAUUGAGAUCCUGAAAGCCAAGCUGGAGAAAGUGUGCAGCUUCCUUUUAGUGGAUGAGAAGGAGGAGAUGCAUGUAAAGGAUGAGGAGGAAUUUGUGAGCAGACUUGACUGCAGACCAGAAGAGCUCCUCAAGGUGGUUUCCAUCUUUGGAAACACUGGGGAGGGCAAGUCUCACACCCUGAACCAUACAUUUUUCCUCGGGAGAGAAGUGUUCAAGACCUCCCCCACUCAAGAGUCCUGCACUGUGGGUGUGUGGGCAGCUAUGGACCCUGUGCACCAGGUGGUAGUCAUUGACACAGAAGGACUUCUCGGAGCUGGAGCCAACCAGGGUCAGCGAACCCGUCUUCUUCUCAAGGUCCUGGCUAUCUCUGAUGUGGUCAUCUAUCGAACCCACGCCGACCGUCUCCAUGAUGAUCUCUUCAAGUUUCUCGGUGAUGCUUCAGAUGCCUACCUUAAACAUUUCACCAGGGAGCUGAAAGCCACUACCACCCGCUGCGGUCUGGAUGUCCCUUUAUCCACUCUGGGCCCUGCAGUCAUCAUCUUCCAUGAGACCGUCCACACAAAGCUGUUAGGAUCGGACAAACCGUCUGAAUCAGCAGAUCGUCUGCUCCAGGAGCGUUUCAGGAAGCUGGGUCUAUUUCCUGAAGCAUUUAGCUCCAUCCAGUACCGUGGAACUCGAACCUACAACCCUCCCACAGACUUCAGUGGUCUGUUGCGCAACCUGGAGCAGCAGCUGGACAACAACACCACCCGCUCACCUCGUUCUGCAAGUGUCAUCUACAAGGCUCUGCAGGCCCUGAGCGAGCGCUUCAGUGGGGAUAUUCCAGAUGAGCACAUGACCAAUAACUCCUUUUUUCCAGAUGAGUACUUUACCUGCUCCAGCCUCUGCCUCAGUUGUGGUUCAGGCUGUAAGAAAAGCAUGAACCAUCUAAAGGAAGGACUCGACCAUGAAGCCAAACAUCGGUGCCGCUACUCUGCGCAGUAUGACAACCGCAUCUACACUUGCAAGGCCUGCUAUGAGGGAGGAAAGGAGGUAAUAGUGGUUCCCAAAACGACAGCCUCGUCUGACUCACCGUGGUUUGGCUUGGCCAUCUAUGCUUGGUCUGGGUAUGUGAUCGAGUGCCCCAACUGUGCAGUGAUCUACAGAAGCAGGCAGUACUGGUAUGGAAACCAGGACCCAGUGGAAACAGUGGUCAGAACAGAGAUCCAGCACAUCUGGCCUGGGUCUGAUGGAUUUUUGAAAGACAACAACAACGCGGCCCAGAGGUUGCUGGACGGAGUGAAAUACAUUUCUCAGUCAGUGUCUGAACUCAGUGUCAAGCCUGCAAAAGCAGUCACCUCCUGGCUCACCGACCAGAUUGCCCCCACCUACUGGAAACCCAACUCUCUUAUCCUGAAAUGCCAUAAAUGUGGAGAAGAGUUCCAGCCGAAUGACACCAAGCACCACUGCCGUGCCUGUGGAGAGGGCUUCUGUGACGCCUGCUCCUCUAAAACCCGGCCGGUUCCGGAGAGGGGUUGGGGCCUCGCUCCUGUUCGUGUCUGCGAUGCAUGUUUUCACAACAGGGGAAUCCCAACUGAGCUGCUGGAUGCUGCCUUGGAGGAGGAGGGAACCACCCUGAUCGCCAGGAAGGUUGGGGAGGCAGUUCAGAACACUCUUGGAGCUGUAGUCGGUGCCAUCGACAUACCUCUCGGCCUGGUGAAGGAUGCUGCACGCCCAGCCUAUUGGGUCCCAGAUCAAGACAUCCACUCCUGCUGCGAGUGUCAGAGGGAGUUCUCUCCUCGUCUCUCCAUCCAUCACUGUCGCGCCUGUGGUCAGGGAGUAUGUGAAGACUGCUCCCAAGAGCGACGCGCUGUGCCCUCCCGUGGCUGGGAUCAUCCAGUGAGGGUCUGCAACGGCUGCAACCAGAAACCCGGGGAGCUCUAGCAGGACGAGGAGCGAAAGCCAAAGAGCAAACGGUUACAUGGUUACGGACGGCGGCCUCAAUGAAAACUGGAACUGACAUCUUUUUUGACCCCUUGUCUUCAGCUUACGGACUCCCUGUUGUUUUUAGUGGCAUUUAAGUGGUUGCUACUAGACUGUCAAUGGCAGGUUGGACUUAAUUGUUUUUUAAUGCUGUCCUCACUCAGUCCCAUGAUGCUAUUUCACUUUAAUAUGCCUACAUGUUACACUGUGAAAAAUACCAAUCAGAGUGAAACUUGAAUAUCAAGAAGGAAAGAGAUGAAACGACUCAGCAAGAUGAUAUGAGACUGAAUAUUGUAUGUGCUUGCUUGCAAUUAAGUUCAGGUAACUUUUCAUGUAUCCCUUUGAUCGUCUCAGAAUUGUAAUAAGGCACACGAAAUCCUGACCCUUUUGACAAUCCCUCCCAGUGUGACCCACUAGUACUAUUAGCACCUUUUUGUAGUCUGGGGCUAAAUGUGUAAACCAUUUAAUAAUAGAAUAACUGAUUGAGCAUCUUAUACUGUUUCCAGGUAAGCACUUUAGUUCUAAGAUUGUUUCUGCAGGAACCUUGGAUAUAUAAUUCAGGAAAGGCUUUCUGAUCCAUGUUUGAGUGGGUCUACUGUAUUUUCCUCUACUUCACCCCUGCAAGCUUUAGCUUUCGUGCCACUCUUUGGCUUCAGGAGGAUACAGCAGCCAUUGAUGUACUGUAGCACAGAGAUGCAUUCCAAUGUAUAUAAUUACUCAGUAAUAUACUAACAUAAUCCCUUUGUGGUUGUUUGUGUAUUUGGAUUGGCGGGUGAUAAAAGCACAGCCUUAAUAAUGCUGUCUACAUUGACUGUUUAAAUUUUACAUAUAGUAGUAUACAUAUAUGGGGAUAAAAGUUUACUUUAAUAGGGAAAUUUUUAAAUGGCCUUGUUUUGUUUUUAAAAAAUGUCAAAACUUUCUGUUAACAAAUCUGACUGCAGUGGGAUGAAAUGCUACAAACUGCUUUUAUAGAGUGGCUGGCUCACAGUAGGAAUAUGGUACAGAAAAAAAGACUUUAAACUAUUUUUGAGGCUGGCCCCUCAAAACUGGAGAUAGUUAAAAUAGUAAUCCUUUAAUCUGUCAACUCAGGCUGUGUAGCUAGUCGUUAGGAGCGUUUAAUGAGCUGCAGCAACAAGUUACUUACAUAUACGGUUGUCUUUACUGCAACAAACUGACAAAUAUAUGAUAAAUACAACAUAUGAUGCAGUCAGGCUUUCUACUGGACACCUCCGCAUUGUGAGAUCUGACUGUAGCGGAGGUUUUUUUUCAACUGGGAGAGUUGAUGAUGUCAACAAAUAAGCUGAAAUACCAGACCUUGACCAGAAUCAAUCGCUGUUCUCUCAUGGACAGAGAUGUUCAGUGACUACAGAUGUCACAUGGAACAAAUCAAUAUCUUUAUGUUCAUGUAUGCUCAUAAAAAUGUAUUAAACU